UUGGCAGUGAACUAGGUUAAACCGCUGUGUCGGAGCAGUUUUGUUGGGGUUGUAUUCCCUGAGUAAAAGCUCAUUUACACCAUAUUUGGUGUAAAUGAGCUGCUUCUGUUUUUUUAACGUGAGUUUGGCGGUUUUAUUUGGGACAAAGUUGACUUAGCGGUCUAGCCAGAGAGUUUAAAGCUGUUCGCUGCCAAAUUAAUCAAAGCAUGUAAGCAGGCACUAGCAAAAUCACGAGCGGCACUCCGACUAAACAACAGUGGACCGUUUUUGUUUGUUUGUUUAUUUGUUUUUUUUAAAAACUUUAUUUAGCCCCUCAAAUCGGGGAGGGAGCAUUGUGUUUUCGCCGGCCCCGGCCGACGACCUUCGACCCGCCUGUCAACGCACGCUAUGUUCCCUUUAGACUCGUCAUGGAACAUCUCGUUCGCAGGUUGCGGCUUCCUGGGCAUCUACCAUGUCGGCGUCGCCAGCUGCCUGUUGGAGCAGGCUCCUUUCCUGGUGCACAACGCCAAGCACAUUUAUGGGGCUUCAGCCGGAGCGCUCACCGCCACCGCGCUGGUCACCGGCGUAUGCCUUGGAGAGGCUGGUGCCAGUAUCAUUGAGGUCGCCAAAGAAGCAAGAAAGCGCUUUCUCGGUCCCAUGCAUCCUUCCUUCAACCUGGUGAAGAUCGUGCGCUUCAUGUUACAGCGCACUCUACCGGCUGACUCUCACCAGAUCGCCAACGGGAGAUUGGGAAUCUCUCUGACCAGAGUCACAGAUGGCGAAAAUGUACUUGUAUCUCACUUCAACAACAAGGAGGAGAUUGUGCAGGCAUGUGUUUGCAGUGCCUACAUCCCAGUGUAUUGUGGCAUUAUUCCUCCCACACUGCAAGGAGUGCGAUACGUUGAUGGGGGAAUCUCUGACAACUUGCCUCAAUAUGAGCUGAAAAACACCAUCACUGUGUCCCCGUUCUCUGGUGAGAGUGAUAUCUGUCCACGAGACACCUCCACCAACAUACAUGAGCUCCGCUUUACCAACACCAGCAUCCAGUUCACCCUCACCAACCUUUACAGAAUUUCCCGGGCACUUUUCCCACCGGAUCCAAUGGUUAUGAAAGCCAUGUGCAAACAGGGAUAUAAUGACGCACUGCACUUCCUGAAGAAGAACGGACUGAUCAAUUUCAGCGAUCCUCACAUAGACAGAGCCCUGCUGGCUAACAGAGCUGAGCAUGAAGGUGAAGUCGACUAUGUUCACACUGACGCCAAAGGUGUUGGAGAGGAAGAAAAGAAGCAUAGGGUCGAAGGAACAUUGACUGUUCAUCCCUCAAUAGAGGAGCACAUCAUUGUACGCCUUCCGCCUACUCUGCACAAAGCCCUAAUUGAGGCCUGCACCGAGAGAAGGAGCCUGGUGCAGUCGCUUAGCAACUUGCUUCCUUUCAGGAUGGCAUCUGCCAUGAUGCUUCCCUAUACUCUCCCUCUGGAGUCUGCUUUGUCUUUGACUCUCAGACUUUUAGAGUGGUUGCCAGAUGUGCAGGAAGAUGUAGGGUGGAUUCAAGAGCAGUUGGUGAAAGUCCUUCAGCAUGUUCUGCGCCAGGCCUCCAAAAGCAUUUCGCAGCAUGUUUCUGCCCGAUUCUCCUGUCAGCUGGAGCUGCACCACUACCAGUCCCUCCCAUCCCAGAUCCGCUCCACCAGCCUGUAUGCCAGCUGGAUGGGUAGCAGCACUCUUUCAGUCCAGGACAUCUUCAUGCGUCUAGACCAGUACAAGAGACAGCUGUUCUCUGGAACAUUUUGCGUUAACAUGGAUCUGGAAGGGUCUUUUAAAACGGGGCCUAUGUCAGUGGAAAAAAACUCUCCUUCCUUCACCCCUGCAGAAGGUUUCCCAACGCACACAGGUGGUCUUAACAACUCCCGAGAUGACAUGCGACACUUUGAUUCAGAUGUUCCACUUUUAAAUCCAGGUGCACAUCAAACAAAUUACUAUGAGUUCUAAAUAUGACGAUUGAAAUGGUAACAAUUUACCAUGCAUAUUUUGAUGUGUAAUGUAUACAGUUCAAAAAGCCGUUAGCUGCAGUAUGCUCGGAAAUGCUCAUCGCUGCUUUACAUCUGAACGGCCAAGGCACGUUUGUGUGUUGUCAGGUGCAAACUCGAAUCGUAAGACUCUGUAAACAAAGAUGCACUCUUUUCAAGUGACAUGGUUGAAGGAGGUGAGUGUUUGUUUUUCUGGAAUGUGGUUUGACUUGUACUUAAGCAUAGGUUACGGCUGGAACUUGGCCCUAUGCAUGAAAUGUAUAGUAUCGGGCCCUUGCUAUGUUAUGUACUCUUUUGAGACUGUAGGAAGGAAACGGUGAAGCCACCGCGUAGCCUAUUGCAGGAAGUUACUCCAUACCGUUUUAAGCAACCGUCAAUGCAGCAUUAUGAAUUGAAUACACAAUGUUUUGUUUCAGGUGUGUAUGUACUGUAAGUGGAUGCCUGGUAAUUGACAUACUUUUGUAUACUAUAUAUACCAGUCAUGUUUUUCUCCAUAAUCCUGAUCUACUUACAUUACAACCAUGUACAGCUUUUAGAAACAUGAUGUAAUGCAUGUUGUGCUUUUAGUUGUAUUCUAAAACUCUUGUUAUGUCUGGUUAUGCUAUGCGACCUGAUUUCUGAACUGAUUUUAAUUAUUUAACCAAAGAAUCACCUUAUUAUGUAGUGGAAUUUAUCACAGUUUCUUUUCCGUUAAGCUACCUAUAUUGUGUUGGACAUUUACACUGCAAUGUGAGAAACUGCAACUGUGUGACAGAGCCUCAAAUGCCUUAAACUCACAUUUAAUGACUGCUGAGUGCAUUUAAUAUGUAAUUAAAAGGACACAGGGAGAAACACUUUGUGACCAAGAAAUAAACUGGUGUUGUUUACCAUAAA